AUGGCUCGAAUGUCUGUCUAUUUCAUUGUAAUAUUGGCCAUCAUCAUCCUCGUCGCAAAUACGGAAAUGAGGAAGUCAAAAGCAAAAGCAUGUUCAUGUUCAUGUGGAAAAACAAGCAGAACAUGGUCAGGUCUGUGCCGGUGCACAUCUCUGGCCUCCAGCAGCACACAAUGCCAGAAAUGUGAGAAAGCCAUCAGUACUGGAGGUUGUUACUCUAACGGGUUGGACGAACCCUGCUCUUCAAUGAGGAAAUGGAGUGACAUGCUAGAGGAAAUGGAUCGGCUGUUGAAGGAUGGCAGGAUAUUGCCCUGUAGGAGCUGGUCAGGAGGAGAAGGGCGUGCAGCUUGGGACAUCAAAUAUGAUGAAAACGAAAUCAAGUUGCGGCUCGAUGUGCCAGGACUCGCCAAGGAGGAGAUUAAGGUCUGCGUGGAGGACGAUACGCUAGUUAUCAAGGGAGAGUACAAAAAGCGAGCUGGAGAUGAUUGUUGGCAUUGUAGGGGCUGUAGUUCCUAUGAUACCUGUCUUCAACUCCCCGAGAGCUGUGAUAGAGAGAACAUCAAGGCAGAGCUCAAGGAUGGAGUUCUACUCAUCUCCAUUCCUCAGAAGAAAUUAUUGCGCAAGACUAUGCAUAUAGAAAUUCACGCAGUCAAACGUGAUCAGGAUGGUGCGGCAACUCUAGCCACUGUGACGGGCAAUGCAAGAACUGGGAAAGUGCAAGGCAUGGAUCUUGUCACACAGAUGGCCUCGGAUGGGCUUGCUUCUGCUACUUCAAUUGCUGAAUUAAAAAGCUCAAAACCCUGCAGCUCGUGA